GUUGCUAGAUUACCAAACUUGUUCGUUCUCGCAUGCAUUAACAAUAUAACAAUACCAACGGUCUGGAACUAACGGCUCGUUCCCACGUGGUAUUAUUAUCAAUCAAAUUUACUUAUUUUUGUUCGAUAUUUAAAAAGCAUUCAAGGAACUAAUGACAUAAUUAUGACAGGUAUUUCGACAUAAAAACUCGAACGAUUACAUAAGUGAGAGUCGGAUUAGUUUGCGCAAGUUCAAUGCGAAGUGUUGCAGAAUAGCACGAAGCGUUCGAUGCAACGGCCGCAGCGCUGUGUCCGUCGCAAGAGUCGAUCAGAAGCGCACCUCGCACAGAAUUAACUUCACAAUUACUUUGUUAUUUUAACUGCCAUUUUAAAUAAAACAAUGGAACGUACGCAAAAAAGAAACAGUGCUGUGAUUGUUUAACUUGAUUUGAAGGUGAACUUGUAGCUCAAAACAUACUCUUUCGGUCUCGUAUUAAACUCAUAAAUAAUAAAUGUUAUAUGAAUAUUUUUAAACUUAAACAAUACAUAGUAUUGGCAGAAUAGAAUAGUGAUCGAUAAAAUUCUCAGCUGAUAACAGUUCAGCCCUUCAGACUUAGUGUUCCGCGGCACGUUUCGAGGCAUUUGGAAAAGUAUCACGCACUCGGACUUGUGGGUGACUUCGCAUGAUAAACUGAGUGAUUUCUACGCGUCGUCAUGGCAACCUGGAGAAGCACCAGUCCCUCUGUUGGUCAUGAGGUUGAUACUAGCAAGUGCGGCUCUGGGGAUCCUGGUGUGGUCGGUGACCGUAUCCCCGACGCCCACAUGGCUGGUAUUCCUCACUAACUGGGGCCUUGUAUUAGUGGCGAUGACCACACUGAAUGGCCUAGUUUUGUCAUGUAUCGCUCUAUGCAGAAAGAACAUGGAUGGGGAUGGACUACCGUGGUUCGUGAGCACGUAUUGGUUCCUAUUCAACGUGUCUGUGACCAUCGCCAUCAUGAUCACUGCACUCUACUGGAUACUUAUUUAUGAUCCAGAACCUGAGGACCCGGAGUCACAUGAUUUGUGGCUGGAUAUCGGAACACAUGCAGUAAACUCCUUGAUUAUGUUAGCUGAGCUAUUGGCGACGAGGACGCCGAUACGAUUCCUGCAUCUAUACCAGCCCUUAGGAAUGGGCUUGUGUUACGCGGCCUUCUCGGCCAUAUACUAUGUUGCUGGAGGCACUGUAAACGGCUUCCCAUAUAUCUACGAAGUUUUAGAUUGGCGACAAGCGAAGCGAGCAGGCGCCAUCGUAGGUGGAGCUGCAGCCGGUGUGAUCAUCAUCUACGCGUUUCUGUGGGGGCUCGCUCUCUGUCGGGACAAGAUCUCUACCUCACUCAUACGCACCACAAGCCACGAUUUAGCUCCCGUACCGCCCGAUCGACAUAUGGCAUAAGACAACCUAUAUCCUAACAAAGAACAAAUUCGUAAAUAAUAUAUUUAAUAAGAAGUGUUUUAAAGUGUGGCCAUUCCUGUGUAGUUGGUUAAGAGCAUAAUUAUUAUGUGUUUCAUUUUCUAAUGGUAGAGUUUCUGCAAAAGCUCCUUUAUGAUAAUACAUAUUAUCAUUGUUCUGUGUCAACAACACAUCGGUGUUUGUUUUAAUUUAUUAAAUAAAUUGUCUGAAAGUAUUAUUGAUGUGAAACAUCUAUAGCCGCACGUAAAACCGAUUUAUGGCGUGACGACGCUAUAUGAUGGUAUAUAUAUACAGUCUAAAUGCAGUAGUGUGUACGGUGUGGCGACGCGUCGCCAUGCGCAAUCGACUGUGUGAUUCUCUGUAUUUUACUUCAAAACAAAUAUUUUUUUUGUAAUAUUUUAUUUUAUCAUUAUGACAUAUUUCCUAUCACAAUCUGUUCUUUUCUGCAUAUUACUUUUACAAAAUAAUGUCGAUGUUUCACAUCUGCCAGGCGUCCCGUGACGGCUCACAUUUUUAUUAAUAUGUACAAGUCCUUAAUAUUUAUUCUAUGGAGAAAAUUAAAGCUACUUUACUAUUCGAACUAUUGUCGAGUAACAGAAGCCAGUCGAUGUUUAAAAUAUUCAGAGAACUAUUGAAUAUAUUGAGACUUUAUUGGUUGUGUUACGUUUGUUUGAAAGCUCGCAUACACUAUAUGAAUAAUAUUUUAAAUAUCGAUAUAAAUGAAGGCUUAUAGACAUUUAAUUUAGAAUAAUUAAAACGUAUUAAAUGAAAAAGGAAAUUAGACGUCACUUGUGUGCAAACAAAAAAAACCUUCCUACAGUUUUUUUAUACUAAAAUUGUACAGCGAAGACAGGUUGUCUCUUCUUAAUUACACACUAUUCAUUGUAAAAAUGAGAAACAUUGAUAUUUAUCUUUGUAAAUAUUUGCGAAGUUUCAAAAUAGUGUGGUAGGUAUUGUAAAUAAAAAAAUUAAAUUAAACUGAUUUAAAUUGUAAUAAAA